AUGAGGGUCGUUUCCUCGUUCGUUAUCACCUCAGCGCUUGCAGCUCGCGUCCUAGGGGCAUCAAACAGCUCCUCUGGGCUUCUGUCGUCAGACUCCGAACGCCUAGGCAAUUUCGCUGAAGCUUACAGCAAGGCCAAAGCUCUAGUCGCUCAAUUGACCAACUCCCAGAAGAUCUCUGUCAUCACCGCAGGUGAUGUCACGUCGAAUUCUUCAUCAGCUUCCAAUGUCUCGUGGACCGCAUACACGAGCAAGGAUGCUUUCGCAGGCAUGAACAACGACUACUUCGUCUCUGGAUUCAGUUCGGGCAACGCGCUCUCAAUGACCUGGGACCUCAAUAUGGUUCGCGCGGAAGCCAAGGCAUCCGGAGACGAAUUCUAUGGUAGAGGUUACGCGCUUAUCUCAGGCCCUGAGGGAGGGCCAUUAGGCCGCACACCUUGGGGCGGCCGUCAGGCGGAGGCCAUGUCGCCAGACCCGUACCUUUCUGGACUUAUUCUUGGCCAGGCCAUUGCCGGCAUGAACUCCGCUGGCGUUAUUGCUGGAGGCCGUCACUUCUUGCUCAACGAGCAGGAAACAAAUCGCACCGCGCAACUUGGUGGCUCCACCACUAUUUCAUACUCCAGCAAUGCUGACGACAAGACGAUCCACGAACUAUACCUCUGGCCAUUUGCAGACGCCGUGCGAUCGGGAAUGUCUGCAGUCAUGUGCGCGAUGAACCGUGCCAACGACACGUACUCUUGCGAGAACAACCGCCUUCUUAACGAGCUUCUCAAGGAUGAGCUUGGUUUCCCCGGGAUGGUCUGGCCUGACGUCGGAGGCCAAACUUCAGCGUUUGGAGCUGCUAACGGUGGAUCUGACUACGGAUCCUCUAGCCUGUGGUCGGAGUCGACCAUCACUGCAGGCAUUGCCAAUGGCUCCCUUACACAAGAUCGUCUCGAUGACAUGGCUAUUCGCAACAUCAUUCCGUACUACUUCGUUGGUCUGGAUGAUGGUAACUUCCCAUCACAGGCCGACGCUACCGAAUACCGCGACGUACGAGCCAACCACAGUAGCCUCAUCCGCGAAAUCGGCGCAGCCUCCCUCGUUCUACUGAAGAACUCCAACUCUUCAGGUGCUGGUCUCCCGCUUGACAAGCCACGCACUGUCAGUAUCUUUGGCGCCCAUGCUGGACCUGCUAUGGCAGGGCCUAACAUGGCGUUCAGUGUUCAGGGCACCGACGGACCGACCUACCAAGGUCAUUUGGUAUCGGGAUCUGGAUCUGCUCAGCUGUCGCUCAGCUACAUCAGUACACCUUACCAAAGCAUCAUGAACCGAACCAUUGCAGACGGAGCGAUGCUGUGGUGGGUUAUGAACGACACAUACUCAUCUAGCUCUGGAGGCAUGGGCGGCGGCACGGGAGGAGGUAUGGAUGGUGGCUCGGCCCCGACUGCAACAAAUUCGACCGCCGGCGGCAACUCCACCGCUGGUGGUAUGGGUGGUGGAGCUAACGUAGGUGGAGGCGGAGGGGCCGUUGGCAUUGGCCAGUCCGGUACUUCUGUGUCGCCCUCGUUUACCAACUACGCGUCAGUCUCUGAAGCAUGCAUUGUCUUCUUGAACUCCUUCUCUGGCGAAGGUGCCGACCGCACCGAGCUCUUUAACGACGACCAAGAUAUUAUGGUCACGACCGUCGCUUCGGAGUGUAAUAACACCAUCGUCGUCAUCAACACUCAAGGUCCGCGUCUCUUGGAGGCUUGGAUCGACAACGAGAAUGUCACUGCCGUCUUGUAUGGUGGAUACCUUGGCCAGGAGUCUGGAAAUGCCAUUGCCGACGUGCUCUACGGCGACGUUAACCCAAGCGGCAGACUCAUCAACACCAUCGCAAAGAACGAGAGUGACUAUCCUGUAAGGAUCUGCUACGAUGCCGACUGUAACUACGACGAGGGCGUAUACAUCGACUACAGGCACUUUGACAAGUACAACAAAACUGUCCGCUACCCGUUCGGAUAUGGCCUUUCCUAUACUUCGUUCGAGUACUCCGGGGCUCAAAUCAACAGCACUGACUCGGCCGCGUUGGCCAGCACAUACCCUACGGGCACCGCUACCCUUGGUGGAAAGUCCGACCUUUUCGACAGCGUGGUUAGCAUUGAUUUCACCCUGUCCAACACAGGCAACCUCGCAGGUGCAGAAGUCACCCAACUCUACGUCGAGUACCCGUCUGCCGCAGAUCAACCUCCUAAGCAGCUGCGCGGCUUCAAGAAGGUCACUCUUGAGCCGGGUGCUUCGACCCAAGUCACUUUUGAGGUGCGCCGCAAAGAUAUCAGUUAUUGGGACGUUGUAGCUCAGGAUUGGGCGAUUGCGAAGGGCGACUACACGUUUCAUGUGAGCUCGAACUCGCGUGAUAGCAAGGAUAGCGUGAAGGUCACUGUUUAA